UCAAGAUACUCAGUUUGUCUUUAGUAAGACGUUAUCAUGUUUUUCAUUCGCCUCACAGUGUAAUAGCUGUUAGUUAUCGUUUAUGUGGCGUCGUUCAGUCGUAAAGGCGCGAGUGGGAGAUGACAACAGCUCCCACUUGGUGUGUUCACAAAACGAGCAGUCACUAGGUAGAAGCAAAUCCCGGAACUUGAAACGGUAGGAAGUGAGCUAACGUUAGCUAGCUUUUUGUUGACAGUGUGCUUGCUGUCAAACCAGAAACCGACCUAAGCAGAAGUACCCGGAGUUAGUUAGCUACCUACUUGGAGACUUCAGCCUGCCACACUUUUAUUUGGGCCGAAUUUGGUUUGAAGUUUCCGUCACUUUUAACCACUUGUGGCUCUAGAAGAUGGCAUCGAGGGGAAGCUUCACGGGUCCUCCGAUGAAUCCGAGUAUGAGCCCCAUGAAUGUUGGGCAUGCCGCGGGCAUGAGGAUGCAAGGAAUGCCCCAGCCUCCGGGGGGAUAUCCCAGAAGCAUGAGCAGCGUUCCCCAAUACCCCCAGCGCCCCGGGAUGCCAUCCAGCAGAGUGGGGGGCCCCAUGGGGUCAAUGGGGGGUCAGCUGCCUGGUCCCUCUUAUGGUAGCAGUAGCAUUCCCAUGCGGGCAGGCAUGGGACCCCCAAGCAUGGACGCCUCUAGGAAACGGUUUCUUCAUCACCAGCACCACCAACAGCAACAAGAGGCGCUGGGAGGCCUCAGACGAGGAGCAAAAAGGCGCAAGAUGGCUGACAAGGUUCUGCCACAGAGGAUCCGAGAUCUGGUCCCGGAGUCCCAGGCCUACAUGGACCUCCUGGCCUUUGAGAGGAAGCUGGACCAGACCAUCGCUCGAAAGCGUAUGGAGAUUCAGGAAGCCAUCAAAAAGCCCAUUAUGCAAAAGCGCAAGCUCAGGAUCUACAUUUCCAACACGUACACUCCCAGCAAACCCGAGGGUGAGGAGGCGGAGAAGGUGUCCUCCUGGGAGCUGAGAGUUGAGGGCAAACUCCUGGAGGAAGCUGGCAAACAGAAGAGGAAGUUUUCAUCUUUCUUCAAAAGCCUGGUGAUUGAGCUUGAUAAGGAGCUUUACGGGCCUGACAACCACUUAGUAGAGUGGCACAGAAUGCCCACCACUCAGGAGACGGAUGGUUUCCAGGUCAAAAGGCCAGGAGACGUGAAUGUUAAAUGCACCCUUCUGCUCAUGCUCGACCACCAGCCCCCUCAGUACAAACUGGAUCCACGGUUGGCUCGCCUUCUGGGUGUACACACACAGACACGAGCCAGCAUCAUGCAAGCUCUCUGGCUUUACAUCAAGAACAACAAGCUGCAGGACAGUCAUGAGAAAGAGUUCAUCAACUGCAACCGCUAUUUCAGACAGAUCUUCGGCUGUCCACGCAUGAGGUUCUCUGAGAUUCCCAUGAAACUGGCGGGCCUGCUGCAGCACCCUGACCCCAUUAUUAUCAAUCACGUCAUUAGCGUUGAUCCCACAGAUCAGAAGAAGACCGCAUGCUACGACAUCGACGUGGAAGUUGACGACCCACUUAAGGGACAAAUGAACAGCUUCCUGUCUUCUACAACCAACCAGCAAGAAAUCGCUGCCCUCGAGAUGAAGGUAAGGCUUCAUCUGCACUUCACCAGAGUUGGGAAGGGAAAAAAAAAUUGCAUACUCCAUUUAAUUCUGAAAAUGUGCGGCUGGUGUUUGUAUUCGCUACAGAUUCAUGAAACCAUUGAGUACAUUAACCAGCUGAAGACCGAAAGAGAUUUCAUGCUGAGCUUCAGCAAUAAUCCACAGGAGUUCAUCAAGGACUGGCUGAAGUCUCAGUCCAGGGAUCUGAAGUUGAUGACAGAUGUGACUGGAAACCCAGAAGAGGAGAGGAGGACCGAGUUCUACCAUGAGCCCUGGGUGCCAGAGGCAGUGGGCAGAUAUGUUUACUCCAAAGUGCAGCAGAGAAGACAAGAGCUGGAGCAGGUGUUGGGUAUCCGACUCACCUAAGUACAAUUCUAUAGGAGUUGUUAAUGUUCCACUCAGCUGAAACUGGAAAGAAGCCUUUCGCCUUUAAAUGUUCAGAAAGCCAUCGUCACUGACGCAGAGUUCGGGGACCAAAGUGAUGCUUAUAUGACCUUUAAUAAUAUCUUUGCCUUGUAGUGUCUGAUAUAUUGAGCCUGUUUAAAUAACCUGUAUCCUUUUUUUUAUUUGCAAUAUGUUUUGUCUCUGGUACAAAAUGCUGUUUAAGCACUGGUGCUGUUUGGGUGUUUUCACUGUCACUUUGAGUGCUGUUUUGAAAGAGGGAUGUGUUUACCCUUACAUUGAAAAGCCAUAAUUUUUAGAUAAGAGUAAUGCCUGAUCUUCCUGGAGGCAUGGUAGAAUUAACCAUUUCAUUCCAGUGUGUAUAAUAUGUUUAAUGCUUUUGCAGCAUUUUUGAAAGUUGAAAUGAAACAUUCUGAUUUUGUGAAUGUUUACACGCCGUUUUUAUUUGUUAGUGGGGUGAUUCGAGGGGAAGAGGAGCUGAGGCUCUUUAGAUUGAACGGAUCCAUACCUUCAAAGAAAGUUAACUGCUAUUAAUAAUUUAAUAGGAAUGCAACUGCAGUAUGUCAGCUAAAAAAGGAGAAAAAAAAAGCGCCAAAAUAUUGUGUACAGUUUAUAGUUUCAUGAGUUAAAGCUUUGCUGUUUUGUUGACUUUUUGUACAUCAGUCUUAAAGUUCUUGAAACAUUCCUUUUUGACAGAUAUCAUUGCGCCAAAAUGUGUUUAGUGAAGAAGGCACAUAGAAUUUAAGAUGAGGUAAAACCGUUGUGUACAAAUGUUAUUUUUGUACAGCUUCUCUUUGUUAAAUGUUUGCAUGUUGUGUAUCAAUCAAAAGCCUUUAUCUUUUAUACAU